UAAACAAAGCCAUGCCAAGUUACCGAGUCGGAUAAUGCCUGAUUUCGGCUGAAAUUUCGAGUUUCCCGACUGAAAACCCCCAAUCCGCCAUCAUGACGGUGAACUACAUGGCUGUUUUGAUGGAGGAAAUCGCCCUGGAAGGCCUGGAUGGCAUCACACUUCAAGCCCUGUGGGUGCGUCUGGAGAGCCGCAAAGCGGCUCCGAUGGUGGUGGAUGAGCCGAUGCGGGAAUUCCUUUGGCGGAAAAUCCAAACGUUGAAGAAUGUCGAGUUCUUUAAGCUGCAAGAACCGCGGCCGGACAUGCACCUCCCCAAGCUGGACUUGAAGGAACCACUCGAUGCCGAGGAGACCCUUAGCGCCAUCAUGCAACAAAUGAACGCGCUGUAUCCCUUCAGCAUCGUCGACUUGGAGAAUAUCAGAGGCUCCUGCAGCACCUUCAAAUCCAGAAGACGACUCCAACGCUCGGAAUUUGAUUUGUUGACUUUGACACAAUGCAAUGAAAAGUAUGGCAACAGUCUGGUGAUCGUUGCCAGUCAAGAGCAGCGGGUGAAAGCCCUCUUCGGCUCGCAUUUAGUUUGGAACGACAUGACCAUCCUGCCCUACUGCAUGCUCGAGUGCAUCGGCAGAGGUAGACACUUUGGAGUCUAUUCUUACGGCUCUGGAAGCUUACAGGAACGGAUGAAGUCGGACCCUCGGAACAUGUUCUACAUGCGGAGCAAGCUGCUGAAGAAGGGCAUCAUCACAAAGCAGCUGCACAUACUGAAGGGCACGGUUACCAUGUGCCGCACGUACCUAUUCCAGUUAUCCAGGUUCCACACGCCCUUCAAGUCCAACAUGACCGUGCGUCAGGAGAGGGUGCUGCACACCCUGCAGGCUGCGCCGACUCGCAGGAUGAUCUACACCGAUCUCAGGGUGGCGCUCGAAAUGGAGCCGCUCCCGUUCAAGAAGCUCAUGGCCUCCAUGCAGUCGAACGGAGUCGUCACUGCUCAGAUCAUUUCGUUCAGAGAAAUGUACCCGAUGAUUCCCGAAAAGGAAACCUUCAACAAAUCAGGCGUGGAAAAGGUCGUCAAGUUGAUCGUACUGCAGAGGGACACCCUGGAAGAGGUGAAACCCGAGGGCGACGACAGUGACGACGAGGACCAAGAAUUCGCAGGCGUGCUCGACCUCUCGAAGCAGACCCUGGACCGAACGCUGCUGUACCAGGCGUACCAAGCCACGGAGGUCGCGGGAGUCGAGGGCCUGACGCAGAGGCAGAUCGGAGACACCCUCGGCCUCAGCAAGCUCGACAGCAGAGCCAUCUGCAGACAGCUGACCAAGGAGGGAUUCAUCUCUGUCCAUAUGCAGGACAUGGGGCGGCAGCGAACGACUCGUUACACGGCGAUACACCUUCAGGGUAACGACUACGAACUGGGUUUAGAAAAGGAAAAGUUUAUAUCCUUGACCGGAAGUGCGAAACUGCUGGAAAACCUGGCGCACAGCGACAGCAAAGCGCCGCAGCAUUGCGUUCUCAAGAAUCUGUACGAGCAGGCCCUCGACAUCUCCGCAAAUGAGGACGUCUGCAUGGCCGAACCUGAGGCGGUCGAGGACGCUGACACCACCAUCGACGAGAAAGAAACGGAGUCUGAGCCGAUCGAUGACUCGACUGGGAUUUCUUGCCGGACGCUCAAGAGAGUCAACAUAAUUCUGGGUUUGGUUUUGAAGAACAAAAUCAUCUCAGACUUGACCUUGCCGCUCAAGGUGAUUUGCGAGGAGGAAGCGAAGGAGGGCUACAAGUACACGAUGGACAGGCGCAGUCUGUUCCGCAUGAUCUCGAGAAUGAACCUGGCCAACUGCGUCAAUUUGUACAAGGUCGACAUUCCAAUCAACUCUGGCGUGAAAAAGUUGACCUUUUUGUGCUCGAAGGAUAUCGACCCAGAUAAUUCGUUGAUCCAGAGUGAAAUCGCGCAGGCCAAGCUGCGUUACGCGCCCAAAGAGGUGGACGACAAGGAUCUCUUACCGCCGCACCUGCUGGACACGUCGCCCGUAAGCCUGGCUUACCUGGAAUGCAUCAAGGACAAGUUUAACAAGAUGCUGGAGAUCAACAAGAAGAACAAGUACGGAUACGCCACCCGCUUCGUCCGGCUCAGACUGAUGCACCAACUGCUCUUCUACCUCACCUACGACUACUCUGGAGACGCAAAUUUGGACCAAACAGCCGUGCGAGAGGCGUUCGAGGCGCAGAACGUGUACCUGGCCCCUGCGUGUCCGAAAAUCUUCCGCUCGGAGGCGAUGGACUACCGGACCUUCCUGUCUCCGCUGCCGAAGCACUCGGGUUGGCCGCGCGGCUGGGCGCUGCUGGCCGACGUGAUCGUGCGCGUGCCGCUGUCCGUGUUCGUGCGGCUGGUGCGGCUGCGGCACGUGGUUCCCGGGCUGGAGGAUUACCUGGCCGACCCUGUGCGCCGCAACUACCUGCUCGGCCAUUUGCCCAGCCAGAUGCGAGCCGAUAUCAUCGGCCAGAGCAGGAAAUUCGUCUAUUCCAUAUUCGACGCCGUGCUGAAGAUGUGCUACGUCGGCCUCGUCCAGUUCGGGCCCAUGAGGCAGAAGAACAAGGACCAGCAGUUCAUCUUCGUCAACACCAACGCCGUCCUCAUCGACACCACGCCCAGCCCCAACAGAUACUGCCAGGUUGACUCGUCGAUUAGCUACGCUCGGCACAUGCACCAUUUCAAGAGCCUUGCUGACGUGGAGGCCUACUGGAUUGACCUGCAUCACAUCUGCAUGACCACAAACCUGGGAAUGCGCUUGACCAACGAAACAGAGGAGAUCAACGUUGAGUGCGUCGACCACAAGCCAAUCCUUUUAGAGGCGUGCGUCAUUCGGCAAGCGGAGGAUGCGCCGAAGUUGGACGUGGGCAUUUUGCCUGGCGACCAGCUGGGCGCCGGCGGCCUUGACUCGGCUCUCUUCAGCUUCAUGAAGCGCAACUGGAACGCCGGCAUCCUGCCCAAGGACCUGCGGCUCGUCGUGCAAACCCUGAAGAAGGGCAAGGUCGGCAAAAAGGUGGGCGUGCAGAGAAUCGAGGUCAAGCCGAGCGGAAAGAGCGUCAGCGCCAACCCUGCCAACGCCGGUGCCAAGCCCAGAUUCGGAAUCAGGAAGCGCAUCGCCCGCAAGGUGCUCAAGCAGACCAUCCUGAAGGCCAGGCAGCGCAAGGUCGCCUCUGCUGUCAGAGGCUUCCGCACCAAGUGGAGUCCUGAGGAGGACAGUGUGCUGCUGCUGUGCAAGGCGGCCAUGAUGUUCCUGUCUUCAGAUGCGGUGCCAGUGAAAGUGAAGGUGCCGAUGGGCGACGUGGCAAAAGUGAUGCACAAACUGUCCCUGAGGGCGGCGAAGAAAGACGCCAUGAAGUGCGUUCGCAGGAUGAAAAAUAUGUUCAACAAGUUGGAGACCUGCAGGUCGCAGGUCUGCAUGUACGUCGAGGAGGCUCAUCGUUGUCCCAAAAUCAACGCCAGAAUUGCUAGUUUCACCAAGCAGCUGAAGGGCGACAGCGUGUUAAAACACAGUGACGCCACUUCCAAGCUCUUCGAAGACUUGGUGCUGAUGCUCAAAGACAAAGACUUGACUUCUAACAACUAUGAGUCGAAAAUCAUCUUGCCAGACACGCUCGAAGAGUACCAUGCCAGGUUCCAGGAGAGCUCUGCCCUGAAUUCCGUGAUGAACAGCAAAAAAAUCGCGCAACCCACAAACGUAGACCAAAUCCGCCUCUUCACAGCCAUUACCCUGCUCUUCAGUUCGAUUGAGCUGAGACCAGAGCGUGAAAAAUACUCGACGCUGCUGCUGCACGCGUUCCAGCAGUUCCCUGACGAGGUUCUGCGCCAGGCCCUGAAGUGGGCGCGCCAGGCCGGCACCGUGGUGAUAAACAAACGGGCCGAAAAGUCCAACGUGCUGCCGAUUUCGGCCACUCCUUUCCUCUUCUCGGCACACUUCUACUUCAAACUGCAGUCCAAGGUGCCCUUCGAGGUGUUUCAGGAGGCACGGCCGAUGCUGAAAAGUCUGGAGGAAAAUUCCGAGGCGACGAUCCAAGUGCCGAAGGUCGUUGGUGGCCCGGUGGCCGUUUUGUUCGAGGGUUUGGCCGCCGGUUAUAUCACGACAAGCAUCGACAUUUCUAGUCAGGACGUGAAACUCGAGUUUGAGCCCGACACCGCCCAGCGGGAGAAGGACGCUCUCACCAAGGCCUACCAGCUGAUCGACGCGUGCCAGAAAAAAUUGAUGGACUACAAAGAGUCAGAAAGCGACGAGAUUGCGGCGAAAAGACCUCGCAUGGAGAGCACGGUGAUCCGGCGGUCGGACGUGUGUUUCUCGGACGAGGAGGACGAUGACGAUGACGUGGCCGUCGUCAACGUCAUCGACGAGAGCAGCCUGACCGACAAGGAGCGCGUGGUGCGCGAGAACGUGGAGGCGCGGCUUGCGUUCUACGCGACGCGCGACCGCUUGCAGGACUCGCGCAGCGUCAACGAGAAGCGCGACCGCAGGGCCCGGCUGACCAUUUCGCCCUCGCCCGUCCACUGCCUCCGCACCGACGCCCCGCUGCCCCACCCUGACGACGCCGAACCUCUCAUCGACAAGCUCGAAAGGAGUGCCUUGGUGAACAGACGCUGUCCAAGCAUGAAGGUGGUGCUGCAGGAGUACAGAGAGCUCGGAGCCAGCGAGGCGGACCUCGAGAACGCGACCAAAAUCAUCCAAACGAUCGCAGACGCCAGGGAAAUUGGCGUUCCCUACCACGAGCUCAAGUCGAAAUUCCGCUUCGUUGGGGGCGGCGUGAGCGUCGAGACGCACGUGCAGCGGCUGCGUUCGCUCGGCGUGCUGGUGCGGACGGGCGUGGCGCAUGCGCAGCUGGUGCUGGCGUCCUUCUCUUCGCCCUGGCUGAUCGACUCGGCGCAGGAGGCGGACGAGGCGUCAAUCGCGGUGCGACCCUGGCUCAAGGUGGACGGCGCCCUGAACCGCAAGCCGCUGGGCCGCUUCCUCGGCGGCGUGCUCACCUUCCUCGUCGGCAGCCCUGGAUCCACCCUGGCAGCCCUCUCGGAAAGGUUCGCACCGGCCCUGCAGACCUUCCAACUCCAGGAACUCGUCGAGAUUUUGGUAGAAUUAGGCUGCGUUGAGUGCACGAGCAUCAGGGAGCAGCCUUUCGACCUCUUCUCGGAGCAGUCCGUAGUUGAAACAGAGGAUUCUGAUGUGGAGGAGCCACUAUUGGCGCUGGAGCCGACGGUGGACGCGAUCACCAGGCUGACGCAAUUCAUCGGCGACCAGGAAUACUAGACAAACUUCCAGCGUGACUUCAAAGAGAGAGAGCGCGGCUUUAAUUAUUUCAGAUUGAAAAUUCUUUCGUGUUUCUUGCGGUAAUAAAUUACUGAUUUGUGAUUUUUUUUAAACAUUUAAAUGAGGGAUAGUUUUCCAAAGGUUGUGAAAUUAAUUUUUCCCUGGUUAAAAUCUAGGGUUAUCUCGAAAUUUAAAUGGGAAAUUAUGUACAAAUAAACAGUGUAUAUAAUUUUAUUAA